GUUCAGUACCGAGCCACCAUGUUGGAUCACACAGAGUAGCAUCGGCCCCGGACAGGAGACGAGCUUCGACCCGUGCACUUGGCUCUUGUGUUUUUGUGCUAAUGCGAACCCAAGAGGAAACCUUUCAUUUGUCCUAGGCACACACUUAUCUCGUCUUAAGUCUUCACCAGUUUAUGCAUCAAAAAUGUCGGCCAUCUCUGCAUCCGAGAAAGUGGACGGGUUCACGAGAAAGUCCAUGAGGAAGGCCCAGAAACAGAGAAAAUCCCAGGGCUCCUCUCAGUACCGCACACAGAGCGCUCCGGUCGAGCUUUCCCCGCUGCCGCAGCUCAAAGAUGCCCCCUCCACAGAGCAGCAGGAGCUGUUCAGCCAGAAACUCCAGCAGUGCUGCAUGCUCUUCGACUUCCUGGACUCGGUUACGGACCUGAAGAGCAAGGAGAUCAAGAGGGCCACUCUUAACGAACUUGUGGACUACGUCUCCACCAACAGAGGGGUGCUGGUGGAAACUACGUACCCAGAGAUCACUAAUAUGAUCUGCACCAAUAUAUUCCGGACUCUUCCACCAAGUGACAACCCUGAUUUUGACCCAGAGGAGGAUGAACCCACUCUAGAGGCUUCCUGGCCUCACGUUCAGCUGGUCUAUGAGUUUCUGCUGCGCUUUCUAGAGAAUCCAGACUUCCAGCCCAGCAUUGCAAAGCGCCACAUUGAUCAGAAAUUUGUUCUGCAGCUCCUGGAGCUGUUCGACAGUGAGGAUCCGAGGGAGAGGGACUUCCUGAAGACCAUUCUGCAUCGGAUUUAUGGAAAGUUCCUGGGGUUGCGUGCUUUCAUCAGGAAGCAGAUCAACAACAUUUUCUUGCGGUUCAUCUAUGAAACCGAGCACUUCAACGGUGUUGCUGAGCUUCUAGAAAUCCUGGGAAGUAUCAUCAACGGGUUUGCGUUGCCUCUGAAGGCAGAGCACAAGCAGUUCCUGAUGAAGGUGCUCAUCCCGUUACACACAGCUAAAGGACUGGCCCUUUUCCAUGCACAGCUGGCUUACUGUGUGGUCCAGUUCCUGGAGAAAGAUCCUACACUCACUGAACCGGUGAUCCGCGGGCUGCUGAAGUUUUGGCCAAAAACCUGCAGCCAGAAAGAGGUGAUGUUCCUGGGUGAAAUUGAGGAGAUUCUGGAUGUCAUUGAGCCAACACAAUUCAAGAAAAUCCAGGAGCCACUGUUCAAACAGAUCUCUAAAUGUGUGGCCAAUCCACACUUUCAGGUUGCGGAACGAGCGCUGUACUUCUGGAAUAACGAGUACAUUCUCAGCCUCAUCGAGGAAAACAUUGACAAGGUCCUUCCCAUCAUGUUUGGUAGCCUGUACAGAAUCUCCAAAGAGCACUGGAACCCGACAAUUGUAGCUCUGGUCUACAACGUGCUGAAGACGCUGAUGGAAAUGAACUGCACGCUGUUUGAUGAGUUGACUUCCUCCUACAAAGCAGAUCGGCAACGGGAGAAGAAGAAAGAGCAGGAGAGGGACGAGCUGUGGAAGAAGCUGGACGAGUUGAGGCUCAGCAGCGGCGCUCUGAUCCAGAACAACAGCCACGGGCUCCCGGGUGUCCAGAACAACAACAACAACAACAACAAUAGUAAUAGUAAUGUUAAUGACAACCAGGACAAGAGCGCUGAGGCUGCAGCCGUCACCACAGACAACAAAGACCCUGACGUCAGUGUGGCCGCCAGUGAGAGCCCCCAAUGUGCCAAAUGACACAGGAUGUCAGUUUUUUAUUCCGUAACGGUUUGACAUCGUGUUCAGGACUGUCAGGAGAGGAUUAACGGAGACAGAAAAAAAACACAAAUUACACCUCAACAGUAUAUUAAAUCUUCUAGAGUGACUUAGAAACGCCAGCAUUUCUUUGGCAGAAAAUAUAUAUAUUUCAACUUAAGACUAUUUUUGGAUGUUACAGUGUGGCUGCAGUAUAUUGUUUAUUCGUCUGAUCAAAGAUUUAUCCAUUCACAUUUAGUUUCUUAACUGAAAAAUGAUUUUUUUUUAUUUUUUUUUUUUGUUUAUAUUCGUUGUAUGAUACAUGGGAGGGGAGAAAAAUAAUAAUGACUUGAAUUUAAUGUUUCCGAUUGUGCUGUACUUAGACAAGCUGAAUAGCUAUUUAAAGAUGUCUAUUUUUUAAUGUGCUUUUCCUUGUUGCUGCCAACACUUCACUCAAGGAAGAAGGGAACUGCGGUCUUUGGGAGUAUUUUGGGGGCAGGUGGGACCAGAUCCAUGAUUAAACAUUUAAUGUCCAUUGAUGUAUAGAUGAGGACUGUUAUCAGAAACAGAAGAAGCUACAGCACAGUUGUCUCCCGUUAGAGAGAGAGAGAGAGAGAGCGGGAGGUUCAUGGCCAAAAAAAAAAGAUGAAUCCUAAAGAGUUAUAAUCCCAGAUAUGGAUUGAUAUCUGUGCAAGUGACUCUAGUGCGGACUAUAAGGUUAAAACUUGGUCACAGUUGGGGAAUAUGGAACAUUUACAAGAUUAUUUUUGUGUUUCAGGUGUUGGUAAAUAUUUUUUAUCUGGGUGAAAAGUUGUGACGCAACACCUGCAGUUCUAAGUAUUGAGACAGGGCUCUCAAGAGAUGUUGAAGGAAAGCUUCAAUCUUUUGAGGAAUGGGUUUUGAUGAGAUGAUCCAUACCACAGUUGGAUCUUCGCAUUAAAAAAAGAAUAAAAGUAUUUUCCAAAUAUUCCUCUAAAAGUAGUAGAUUAAGAACUAAAAACAUGAGACCUACAGUACUAUAUUUUCCAGAGUAUUGACUAGGCAAAUACUUCAGAAUGUUUCCUUUUGCAGAUGGAUUAUGAUGGGAUGCAGGAUGCGCUUGAGUCCAUAUUUGUUGAGUGCAUAAAUGUUAGUUUGGAGGCUACUUAAAGGGAAAUGCCACUCAAUUUAAGAUUUUCUGUACAGUAUAUCGUUUUCCGUGGUCUGAGAAAGUGCAGUCAGUGCUUAGGAACAUACCUUACCACUUAUCUGGUAUUUUACAAUUCACAAGCGGCGGAUGUUGUGUAUUGUAAGUUUAUAUAUCCAAACAAGGCUCAUUACAAAGUAGUGAUAUCACGAAAAAAUGAAUGCUUAGCACCGGAAAAAUCCAAGUAAUCUUUACCAUCAAUGCCUGUUCACUCCCUGCAUCUCCCGACUUUGUAAGCUCACAUUUGCUUUUAGUUUCUGAUGUUGGGAGUUGAUAAACAUGUUCAUGAACUUAAUCAGACUGCCGUAGAUCAUAGGAACAACUUCUUUUUUUUAUUUUAUUGAAUGGUGUUCCCUCUGAACCCCGAGUGUCUGCUCUCGUACUUCUUCUGAGUUCAUAUUUUUAGGUCCAGUCUUUUCUGAUGCCUUUCUGUCAGUACAGCAUUCCAACCUCUGUGACGUUUAAAAAAAAAAAAAAAAAAAAAAAAUGCGUGGGGAACCUGUUUUGUAAUCGCAGAUCUUAUUUAGGUUUCACCAUAAAAUAAAGUCUACUUUAUCUU